AUGGGAGGAGGACAAUCAUCCGCAGCAGAUGCAUGGGGUAUGUCAGCGAAGCGUAUUCGUCUGGAGACACACAAGUCAUCAUCUGACAAGUGGGGGCGAAUAGAAGAAGUGCCACCAGCGCUUCCCCUGUCAACUACGACAAUCAAAGGGACAGACUACCUAUGUCGACUGAAUGACUACAUGACAAGGAAGGGCAACAAAAACGCGCACAAGGUGGAAUGGAUAGACCGCGACAGCGGCGCACUGGGAUUAGUCGUCAUUACUCUGAGGAUCGAUAACGGGGCUAUUCAAGCAAACGGUGAGGGGAAGACGAAAAAGUUGGCCAAACAGGCUGCAGCUCAGCAGGUGCUGAUCCAGUUGCAUAGCAACGACCCGGAACAUGCACGUGACACCAACCUAUCAACCAGCGGUGUGACGGUCUCACAAGCACAACAUGAUUCUAGGAUAAACACUUAUCAGGAUGCUUUAACGAUGCUGAAGGGGCUGGACUCCUCGGACCCUCGCGUUGUAGACGUUAUCCAUCCCGAUCUGCCUGAUACCGCGACUUUACUACGCCUGUAUGAGAAAAAGUACGGCCGGUGUCGAAGUAAGCAACACGCCAAAAUGCUCGCAGCACAGUUGGUGAUAAGACACCUCUUACCCAACUGUCUCACAUGGGCGAAUGUGAUCGACCUGGUCACUCAAGACAAUUCCAAAAGUAUAAAAAAAGUCGAUAACAUUGAGCAAGAUGACAACAAUAGCGGAUUGGCCCAAUUGAAAGCAGACUUGAAGCGGGCAGAGUUGCUUUACUUCAAGUCAUUAGAGGACAGUCCGUCUUGUCAGGAACCGUAUACCAAGUUUCACAUUAUUGUGACUUGA